AUGUUUCAACAAUCACGCGGAUGCACCCGAUCAGGGGUCCCAGCCGCUUCCGAUAGCCCGGCCAGACGGCAUUGUUUACCACAAACGAGCCAAGAGAUUCCAAGCUUCUCCGGCAUGACAUUCAGUACCGGAGGGCAGUCUUGGCUCUUGUACUUAAGUAUAUGGUAG